GGUAUGUAAAAUAGGAAGACAACUUUUAAGGUUAAAGGGUACUUCCGGUCGGCGGUAAAGCGUGCUGUAUGUAAGCGAAGCUCAAACGUUAUUGUGACGAAACGUAAUAAGACCAUUUGUUUUAAACUUCCACAGCUAUUUAUUCAAAACUAAAAUGAGUCUACCUUUGAAUCCAAAACCCUUCCUGAACGGUCUGACAGGAAAGCCAGUGAUGGUGAAGCUGAAGUGGGGUAUGGAGUAUAAGGGAUACCUGGUAUCCGUGGAUGGAUACAUGAACAUGCAGCUGGCAAACACAGAAGAGUAUGUGGAUGGAGCGUUGGCAGGACAUCUCGGUGAAGUGCUUGUCAGAUGCAACAAUGUUUUAUACAUCAGAGGAGUGGAGGAGGAGGAGGAAGAUGGAGAAAUGAGAGAGUGAUGACUGCUUCGUGGAGCUGUUAAUGUAUGGAUGUGUGUUUCACCGUGUGAAACAUCUCAACGCUUUUUGGUUAAGGUUUCCAGACAAUUUAAGUUACUUUUUUUUUUUGUUUUUUAACUUUACUGCGUGUAACUCCAGUUUUAUGUUUUGACACAGACCAAUAAAACUUAUUAUUUUCCAGUUUCCUA